GGUGAAGUUUUCGAUUUUUCGUGUUCCUGAAAAAUGUCGGCUUCCAAAAGUGGAAACCUAGUACCUAAAAGACUAGGCUCAGUGAUUAAACUGAAGCCAGGCAUGUACGAAAGGUACAAAGAGCUGCAUGCUGCUGUAUGGCCAAAGGUCCUACAAAGAUUGACAGCUAGUAACAUCAGGAAUUUUACCAUCUACUUUGAUAAGCACAAUCAAGUGUUAUUUUCUCACAUGGAGUAUAUCGGUGACAAUUUUGAGGCAGACAUGGCUGCCAUUGGUGCUGACCCUGUAACCAAAGAGUGGUGGAAAGAAUGUGAGCCGUGCCAGGAGUCAUUUGAUUGGACAGGUCCAGCCCCUUCAGAGGGUGGGACUGGCGGCAACUGGUGGGCUCCCUGUGAAGAGCUAUUCCACGAUGGGCACCAUGCCACGUCAUUCUCAUGAGGGUGUGACCGCACAGAAAACAAUUGCUCAGUUUUAGAAAGAAAAUAUUAACAAACCCAUUUUACAUUAUAAUGCGAGUUGGCCAUGAAGACAACAUUUUAAAUCAUAGUUUUGAUCGACACAGACUUAAUAGGUCAGAGUUCCAAUGUGCACUGACAUAAUUCUUUGCUUCACUUUUUGGGUCAUGAAGUUUAUGUCAAUAAGUUUAUUCCUAUUUUCCGCAUUGGUUUGGCCUACAAUCAAAAACAGAUUUCGACUUUUAAUCUCAAAUGGGGUAAAAUCAUCAAGCAUUCCCUCUGAAUUCAUUAUUUCACCCUACAUUAAUUUCAAACCAACUGAAAAGUGAAUUUAUGCGUGUGCGUUUGUGGCACCUCUGUCUCCCCCUUAUCUAAAUUUCUAUGGAAAUUCAAAAAAGCAUGUCUUUGUUCAAUAUUUUUUUGCUGGCUUGACUAGUACAAUUUGACUAUCACAUAGAAACCACUCUGAGAGCUCAUAUAUUUAUCCUUUAGAGUUGUGUGUCCUUUAGAGUUGUGAGUUCUAUCUUUCAUUCUCUGCGAUUACAGAUGUGAAUGUAAUCAUUCUAGACAAGUUGAUUUUCAUGAACCCGUGAACUACACUUUAGCAUAUUACACUUUGUGGUCUAAUUCUAUUGUUCUCUUUUCCAUUUUACUGACUUACCGUCAAAUCCGUUGUAUCGCGACACCACAUUUUCAAAACAUUGAUAUGUUUUUGUCUUUUGGGAUUUUCUGUUCCGCCAGUCAAAUUAUUCUAAGCCAAUCAGAUUCUUGUCAUCUCUUGUCUAGUGCAGUUGCCUGACUUUCUGUCGCGACACUGUCUGGUUUUCGUCCAGAGGAUAGCCAGGGAAGUGCACAAAGCGAGACUCUGAUUGACUCAGAAUGGUUUUACUGACGGAACAGAAAACCAAAACAAAUCGUGUUAUGAAAACGCGGGUCGCGACACUACGGAUUCGACAGUACCUUUGACUAUCACACUUUGUUUCACAGGUUAAUGAAAAGCAUUCUAGUAGUAAUGGUUAUCUUUUUAAAGUCAGUGGUCAUAUCACAGUUGAAACUACCCUAAGAGGUAGUUCCUUAUCACUGUAUCACUGUCAAAGUAACAAUGUUGUAACAUGUCUUUUACUCAAGGCUUAAAGCGUGGGUGACUCUGAAAAGAUGUUUGGAUUAUGCUCUAACAAAUACAAUGCUUCACAGGAAAGCAGCGUUUGGCAAAA